UCUAUCCCCAUCCCCUCAUUCCUCUUCAUCCAGAUCACCCACAAAACAGCCAUCUUGCAACAACCCUAUAGGACCCGACCCUUACUUCCUCUACCAGAAGCAGCAAGACUUUCACUAAUUAAUGAAGGGCACCCUUGUGGAAUUACCCAACUGACUCCAGCCUCCUUGAAUAGUAAACACCACAAGUUUAAAGCUAUCUGACUAUGGACAAACAAUGAUCUUCAUCCUAUCCUUACAUUUUACACAUUAUGUACUAACUUGGAGAAAAGACAGCAUUAUGCAUCCCUCACUGAACUAUCACAACAUAUUGUUGGGGAAGAGACUUUGACGUAAACUUGAGUCUUUGUCUAUGUGGAAAAAUUGCUUCUUUUCUAUCAACUUAUAAGAUAGUUGAAAUGAAUCUAGUGUAUCAUUCCCCUUGUUAUAUCCAAGGAUGAAAAUCGUGAUGUCACUGAAAAUAUUGCUGGAAAUAUUUAAAUUAAUGAAAAUGACAAAAUUUUCUAAAAAAGAAUGGAAUUUUUGAAUGACACUUUAGGAAAUACAAAACUAAUCAAUUGUGCAUCAAUUUUACAUAGAAACUUCAUAAAACAGUGUAUCCAUGAUUAGUAUUAACAAUAUGGGUUUAAUGGCAACCAAAUAUGUUUAGGCAUCAGUUACAAGUCUUUAAUGUAGCAUCAUAUACAAUUAUCUUCCGUAAAUUCCUUUAAAGCCAAUCAGAGAAUUCCUUUUUGCAUGUAGCGGUGCUGAAUAACUUUUUUGGAAGUGGUUAGUCUUUGAGAAAUUUCGUGUUGCUCCUGUAGUUGAGUUAUCCGUUAAGAUGAUUUGAAACUUUGAUGUUAAAGAAUCUCAAUUAUUGGCUAUACAGUUAUGUUGAAUUGCUUGAUUCUAGAACAAAGAGAAGUGCAAGUAUCAUAAAGGAGAUCCCUCACCAAACCAACAAAUCAGCCCACAUGUUGAAGAUAGCCGAACUUGUGGAAAAUAAGAGUUUAGAAGGAAUAAGCGAUAUUAGGGAUGAAAGUGAUCGUUCUGGAAUGCAUGUUGUCAUUGAGGCAUUGUUGUGGGCCUGGAUAAUUUGGAUGCAGUAAUUCGUAUACUAAGAGAAUCUUCUGGCAAUGCAAUUGCAUCAUCUGGUCUAAGGAGCGGUGAGCUCCCCUAUGUUUUAGAGUUUUUUCAUUUUCUUCAGCUUGAGUAGAAGUGGUGGUUCAAAAGCACUGAGACAUGAUUUUCUGGCUUUGUCAUUAAACUUCCAUUCUACAU